AGAGCCGUCAGUUCAGUCAUGCAGUUCGUAGCGAGAGCACGUUCCAGUCGAAUAUAGUUGCGCGAGUGAACCAGUGAAACGAUAACUUAUAGAGAAGUUGAUGACGUAAGUUUAGUGAGUGUUGAAGCUGAUUGAAACGUAUGGAACAUUAGUAUUCAUAAUGUUGACUUCAAACAAUCAAUAUUUGAGACCUGAAUACUUGACACCUCUUCCUACCACUCUGGAUGCAAAAAAGAGUCCAUUGGCUUUAUUAGCCCAAACAUGCAGUCAAAUUGGAGCCGACGCACCGAAUUCUAAGCUCUUGCAGAGUUCCGAGAAGAGCAACAACAAAGCUGUCAAAUCUGAUAGUCAGAAAGAGAAACUUGAUAUCUCUCAUAAGACUAAUAAUUUCAAAUCUGAAAUUCCUUCUCCCAGAGAAAAAUCAAGAACACCUGAAGAGCGAUCCAAUUCUGCUUCGAAUGGAAGUCGUGUUCGUACCCCUGUGAAUACGAAACCUCUUUCAAAUGGUCGAUGCUCGAGUAAUAUGAGCAGUUCUUCACCAAGGAAUUCUCCAUGUGGUUCUGAGCACAAGACUCCACCAGCCGAAGGAAACGGAGAAAGAAUGAGCACUCCUGAGAAAAAUAGUGAUAGGCAUACCCCUCAGACUCCAUCAUCUUCUGCGUGUAAAACAGCUUUCACACCGAAUAUCCUCACGUCCUCUUCCGAUCCAGCGUUCAAGGACCUUCCUCUUGGUACCUUCAAACCAGGAGUACCUCCAACGACGUCUUCCUAUCUUGGAUAUCCAGCUCCAGGUUACCCGUUGUCCAUGGACCUGAUGGCCAGUACGUUGAUGAGCCAGCAUCAUGCAGCUUUGAAAAAUGGUUUGAGUCCGUAUUUUGGUUACGGAAGGAUGAAAACACCAGAAACUCUCUCUUCCGUGUGCCGUGAUCCUUAUUGUACAGGAUGUAGUGUUAGUUCUCAUCUCCUGGGUGCCACAAGUGCCGCGAAAAUGUCAUGUCCCGCCGGAUGUACACAGUGUGAUCAUGCCAAGACUCCUACGACUGUGGGAUACAUGAACCACAGUCCAGCAGCCGCAGCCUACGCCCAUGCACAACUGGCUGCUCUCGCUGCAGCUUCACACUUACCUUAUGUGUGUAACUGGAUAUCGGGCGAUGCUAGUUACUGCGGAAAACGAUUUUCGAAUUCUGAGGAGCUUCUCAAUCACUUGAGGACACAUACAAGUGGAUCUCUCUCGGAUACUAGCUCCGCGCUGUCGAUGUUGGGAUCACCAGGGCUGCCUCCGACACAUCCAUUGUUACACAGAACAUACCCCACUCCACCACUCAGUCCAUUGGCCACAGCUAGGUAUCAUCCGUACAGUAAAGCAUCCUUAUUACCUCCGUCUCUGAGUUCCUCUUCCUUAGCAGGAUUUCCUCUUGGUCAUCCCGGUCUUUCUCCUUACCUGUCACCUUAUUCGCUGUAUGGCCCCCGAUUAGGUGCUGCGCCAGGCAUGCAUCCAUAAGGACAUUCCUCUCACACGAAGCCAAAUGAUAAGAUGCUGUGUUAUGAUAGACUGUAAUAACCUAGUCUCUAAAGAUUACAUAAUGGACUAUCAAAUCACUUCGUUUCAUCCGGUGUAUUCUUGUGUGGACGUGACAGUGUGAUAUUAUUUUUAAUGUACAUUUUCAAUGACAUUUCGUUUUCAUUUUGUAAAUAGAUGAUUGUUGAUAGGUAUGGAUUGAAUCUGAUAAUGGUUAAUUUGGAAUUCAGAAUGUAUAUUUGUGUACAGAUCUCAACUGAAGAAAUAUUUAUUGCUACCUAUGACUAUAGAAAUAUAUUUUUCUCUGUUCAUCAGUCAAGCUGUAGAAUUUGUCAUUAUAACGUACCUAUAUC